AUCUUUGUUUUGGUCGCACUGUAUGACUCGUUAUCUACUUCUACACGUGGCGGCGGAAACUAGUUCCCACGAAGAUGCAAGGAGAUGUGCAGCAGCAAAGAUGCCAAAGCGCGGUGCAGAAUAUGGAUUUUCUAUCUUAAUGUGUUUUCUCUGGUGUUUGUAGAACCACCUGCAACUGGACACGUACAUUUUAUAAGAACUGUUUUCCAGAAUCGAGAACGAAGAGAGUAUCGCCAAUACCAGCUUAUACGAGGAGGCUCCCAGAGAGGUAUGGUGAUGCAGAGCAGCAAAAUGCCCCCCCCCCCAGCCCAGACCCAACCCCUGGCCCAGAAGAGUGCAGGUAACACCAAACGCCCCGACAAGGCCAUCUACAUUCCCAAGGCGGCCAGGGACAGGCAGCGGGACAGCGGCGGUUCCCUCCACACACCACCAGCAGGGGUGGACCUCGACCUACCCCUGCUCACUCUCAGCUGGACCUCCUCGGGCAGCACCUCCUCGGGCUGCACCUCCUCGGGCUGCACCUCAUCGGGCUGCACCUCGCACCCAGAGUCCUGCUGCUCCUGCCCCUGCUCCUCACACACCACAGAGGGAACGCCAUCAGAAACGCCGUCCACCACCAACCAGGACAGUGUGCCCUCUAUUACCUCUAGCGCUGGGCAGGAGGAUGACUUCAUUCGCUUCUCAGCAGAGGAGCCCUGCCCCUGGCCCCCUGCCUGGGACCAGACUUUGUCCUACUUCAUGGCCGUAACCCUGGAGGACCAGACUGAGAAAGAGGAGGAGGAAGAAGUAGCAGAAGAGGUACUGACGGAGGAGGAGUCUGUGUGCAGUAGCAACAUGGCCCCCCACCAACACCAUGUCUCGCAUACAACACCAGCCAAGGAUGCUGCUGGCGACGCUGCUGAUUUUAGCCAAGAGAUCACAGCCCACUUGACAGACGUGGCCAUCGAACACGCCCACAACGACUACUCAUGUUUUGGGAACGUGUGGAUCAACCAGGACGAGUAUGACCACGUUAUCGAGAUCUACGACUUCCCGGCCAUGUUCAAAACAGACGACCUGCUGGAUGCCUUUGCAGACUACAGAGUUUAUCCAGCCAGUAAAGGAGAGGCCAUGGACAGACUCUGCGGUGGCCCGGAGAAUGGUGACCACAGCCCUGGGGCUGCGGCGAGGUGGAGCGCUCUCACAACAUUUCUGACCCGCUACAGCAGGAAUGCCGGGCUACAACUGGACGACACACGUCCAGAUGUCCUUGCUAAUAACUGUCAAACCAGUGCCAUCCUAUGGCUUGUUCCUGUUUUCAAGUUCCUAUUGUUAAUGCCACUGUAGCACUCAAGUGCCUGAUUCACACUAUAGGGCCAACCUAAACCAUACUAUGCUGGCUUGGGUAUUUUCUUUUCACGUGGUCUUUUCUAGCAUGGCUCCAACAACUAUGGUGGAUGUAUAACCAGGCCAACUCAGUAAAGCUUGGCUCCUUUUUUUUGGGGGGGGGUUUGGCGACAGUUAUUCAUGCGUUUUACUUUGUCAUUUGUUCUAUGCCAACCACUUACAUGUCAAUUUAACACCCUGAAUGCGUCCAUACAUAGAUGGAUAAAGUAACACAGAGUUGGUGAUGCAUCGCAAACAGAGGCACCAGUUGUAUAAUUCCUAUCAGUGGAGGCUGCUGAGGGGAGGACAGCUCAUAAUAAUGGCUGGAACGGAGCAACUGGAAUGGCAUCAAACACAUGGAAACCACGUGUUUGAUGUCGUUGAUACUAUUCCGCUCCAGCCAUUACCACGAGCCCGCCCUCCCCAAUUAAGGUGCCACCAACCUCCUGUGAUUCCUAUUAAGUCUAACUUAUACCCUGCAUACUUGCAUAGCAAAAAUAUGUAAAGGUGCAGUGACUUAAAUAAAAUGUAAAGAUGACAUUAAAUGAACACAGAGAUCUUCUGUCUGGAGAUGGGAAUAAAAAGGCAGGAUGUGGACAAUUUUGUUAGGAAAGCAAAGCAACUCUAUCAUUUAUGUUGUAGGUUUCAGAUUAAAAAAAGUAAAUGAAUCACCUAUAUAUUUAAAACAAUCUAUGUAAAUAAAGUUUGAUUUGAUAAACCGCAGCGACUUCAUUUGUAACUUGACGUAACUUUUCAGGAUCGCCAUUUUGUGCUCUUACGUUGUGUAUGUGCCUAGGGUAUGAAUUAGGUAUUCAUGUGAAAUGUUCAAUUAAGAACUGUGAAGAAAAAUAAACAAAAAACGUGUUGAGGGGUGACAUUUAUUUUCAUAAGCACUGUUAUUUUCUCGAAAGACAUUAAAUUCUA